UUUUGUCUGUUGGGCAGUGUAAUUAACUAGUGGAACAAUAACCUUUCAUUUAUUAUGUUCCUUAAUUACGUUUAGUAUUUUCUGCGCAGAUGCGUUUCCACAAAGCUGCAAGACAGGGCAAAUGUAACCAGCCUGUGAACUUAUUUUGCAAGCAGAACGACAUUUUAGUUACCUUGUUUGGACCAUAUUUGUAUGUCAACGAUAAGUCAUCGUAAUAAGGAUUAUUUUUUCUUAGUUGUGUGCUAACAAAAGAUGAAAACAUCUAAUGAAAGAGGAAUGCAGUUUCCAAUAAACUAUCAAGGAGCAUCGCGGUGGUUGUGGUUAUCCAAAACAGAUCCAUUGUGUGUUUCUUUCGCGAAAGUAUAUCUUGAGUACAAAGACAAAACCGCGGCUUCAAAUUUUUGGAAGCUCAUGGCAACUCGUUCAACAGAUAUUAAUAGCUUGGGCUGAUAGGUAACAGGUGGAGGGUCCUGGAUCUGCACCAAACUAUUUUUCAACCAACAGCAACAGAAAUAUUGGAGUUGUUAAAGUAUCUCGCUCUUUAUGUUAGCAGCUUCUUAUGUAGAUGAAGCUGGGGGGACCCGAAAUGAAAGUUGGGUAGCAAAUUUCGGAUCUACUCUUGGAAUAACAGAUCAGGACCUUGUACAAACCGUUUGCAGUCGAAAAACUUGUGGAGAGCAUAUACAACGGAAUAACGGAUAUCACAUGAAAAGGUGAUACGAAAAAAAAACAUAAGCAUAUUUGGUUCGACACGUUUUGAAGAUGAAAAAUCCAAGAACUUGAUGACCACAGAAAGAUUUAGCUUCUUUCGAAGCAAUUGAAUUAAAAAGUCUACAACCAGUAUCUAGAGCGGUUUGGUGUUUGAAGCCGAGAUCACUCUGGAUGUAAGCGCCACUUUAAGUUAGUCAACAAAGCAAAUUGCUACUUUGAACUGAAAUGGAAACAUAAAUCGAAUAGACUGUUUAAACCACAGAGACCACAAGAUGUCUAGCAAUUAUGAUGGAGUGAUGAUUGAUCACUUUCACAUACAUGUCUCAUCGAACAUGGCUUAUAAAUAAGUUCAAAACUACUUUUGUGCCCAUUACAUUCAUAAUUAUUACGUUAUUUGUUGGUUCUAUUUUGAGAGAUAUAGCAACAAAUUAUUGUUUUUGUUAUGAUACCAACACCAAGCAACCGUAAAACCACAAAACCGAAGAGGCUUAGAUCAUUGUUCAAAAUGGAUCGUUGGCAAGACAAAGUCGCUAUUGUUACUGGUGCAAGUUCUGGAAUUGGCGAAGCAAUUGCUAGGGACCUUCAUCGUGAAGGAAUGAUUGUAGUAGCCGUAGCUCGUCGUGAAGAUCGUUUAACGGAUAUCCGUUCGAGUUUGCCUAUAGAAAAACGAUCUCGAUUUUAUACUAUGCGUUGUGAUGUUACUGAUGAGAAGGAAGUUAGAAAAGUUUUUGAAUUUGUGAAAUCUGAAUUCGGUGGAGUUGAUGUGCUUGUGAAUAAUGCUGGGGUUGUAAAGACUACUGAAUUGGUUCAGGCUAAUAAUACAGCUGAAAUUAAAGCAACUUUGGAUACAAAUAUUUUGGGAGUGGUUCUUUGUACAAGGGAGGCUUUCAAUUCGAUGAAAGCUAGAGGAGUUGAUGGGCAUGUUGUUAUCAUUAAUAGCAUUGCAGGUCAUAAAACACCUAAUUUGGGUUUGGAAAUGCCAUCUUUUAACAUUUAUCCAGCUUCAAAGCAUGCAGUUACAUCAAUGGUGGAGACUUAUAGGCAGGAAUUUAAUCGACAUGGAACUAAAAUUAGAGUAACGAGUAUUAGCCCAGGAGCUGUUGAUACGGAAAUAUUUCCAGAUCAUUUGAUCGAUAUUAUUCGAGCCACAAUGCCUUUGCUGGCUUCUGAAGAUGUGUCAAGUGCUGUAUUGUUUGCACUAGCCGCACCUCCACAUGUUCAGGUUCAUGAAAUAAUUUUGAAGCCGGUUGGUGAGAAAUUCUGAAAGGUGCAUCAAUUCCAGUAAAAGAAUGACCCAGCUAACAAUGUUGGUGGUAUAAAGCUUUACAGAAGCAACAAUUACAUCUGUAAAGCUUCUUAGAAGCAAA